AGCACUAACAAACAGUGGCAGUUACUCAGUUUGGGUUUUACUGAUACAGAGUUUGAAUGUUCUCAGAGAUUACUCUGCUUGGAAAUGCACUACAGCCUUCAUGAAGAUUAACUUCAGCUUCUGAAUUUGGGGGGCAGCACUGAGGCCAACACUCACCUGUUCAGCAGACUGAUGAGAUGAGAGAUGAGAUCCUCGGUUAUUAUUGUGACUUUGUGCCUCCUCAGGUGGAUCCUUGUACUGGCCAUGUUCAUUCAGCAGCUCACUGCAGGGAGCAUUGGGGGUUCAUGUGAGGGUAGAGACUGCUCAUCUUGUUCAUGUCUUCCUGCCAAAGGUGCACGGGGUGUUCCAGGGAAGCCAGGGGCGCAAGGCCCCCCGGGACCAAUGGGACCACGGGGACAUGAAGGGCCACUCGGAGAGAAAGGCAGGAUGGGAGCUGAGGGAUUGCAUGGCCCAGAGGGGCCCAAAGGAGGCCGUGGCAAGACUGGUGCUCCUGGUUUUCCUGGUAAUGACGGUUUACCAGGCCACCCUGGAGUAGGUGGUGAGCCUGGUUUGCCAGGAGUGGAUGGCUGUAAUGGGACAAGGGGUCAACCAGGUGUUCCUGGUAUUCCUGGUUUUGAUGGUCUCCAUGGGCCCCCGGGAUUACCUGGACCUAAAGGAAGUAAAGGCGAACCCGUGAAUGGUGGUUCACUUCCAGGACUUCCUGGGCAGUGUGGGAGAGAUGGAGAGCCUGGUUUACCUGGAAGACGAGGAGACAUUGGGCCCAAAGGCUACCCUGGCUUUCCUGGUCCUCUGGGACCUGAGGGGAUGGAAGGACCUGAAGGUGCCAGAGGACCACCAGUGAGUCACCUGCUUUGGCAGUGCAUGCUGUAACAAAAAAAAAUCUUGCCCACUCAUAUGUCCACACAAGCACAAAACCUUACUAAGUUUUUGGUUGUUAUGUAGGGCAAUCCUGGAGGAUCACUGGCAGGCGAUAAAGGUGACGAUGGAGAACAAGGCCCACCUGGCCCCCAAGGAACAGAAGAAGUCAUAGAAUUUCCUCAAGACUUUCUUCCACCCAAAGGUUACAAGGGAGAGAAAGGUCUUCCUGGACAAUGUGGACCAAAGGGCAAAAUG